AUGUCUGAUAAACUAGUUGCUGCUAUCAAGCAAUUAGAGCUUGAAACAAAGAGCAGUGAACUUGUAAAAACAUGUCAACAAAUAAGGCUGUCACUAUUAAAAGAUCCUAAAAAUACAGAAAGUUUAAUAUCCUCAUUAUCAGAAUACAUAUUGAACUUUGAUAAUGCUGUGUUAUUUGGAAAAUAUUUAUCCAACCUUACAUUAGCUCUUGUGUCAUCAAAAAUCCCUUUGAAACAAGUAAUUCAAAGUAGUAAUCAUGAUCAGGGAACAGAUUGUGAAAAAACAAAACAUUUAGAAUAUUCAAUUGUGUUGGCAUUACUGAGUGACCAUCCCGAUGUGUUACAGUAUGCACAGAAAUAUUUUCAAAUUAAUUCUGUGCCACCGUACGAGGUCUUCAUUUACCAUGAAGAUUCAUAUAACGUGGCUCCUAAAAAGAGACGAUUACAAGACUACAGACAGAAGAUUUCUGAUCUUAAUAUAGUGUUGUGCUGCUAUAAGCUUCUGAAAAAGUUGCCAAAUGAAUUCUCUGCCAAAUGGGAUUGGACAAAAUUUGUCAUCAACUUCAGCCAUCAUGAAGAUGAUGAAAUUAGAUGGAUGGUUAAAGAGUGUAUGGUCAUAUUAACAAACAUGACAGAGUCUCAAUCAAACACUGUUAGUGAUAAUCUAAAGAUUUCAAAAGAGAUAGAAUUAAAAAAUACAUUUUCUAAGUAUGACCAGGAAAAUAUCGGAUCAGGAAUUGAUACCAUGACCGUUACCACCGAAGCCAUUAUUAACAUAGAUGGUGUAGUGUUGCCAAUAUAUGACAAAAAUAAUGUUAAACCAGGAAAUUUGGUUCCUGUGAAAUCCACUGUUAAUAAUUUAAGAAGUCUGGCGCUUGCAGUUGCCUCAGGAAAGGCUCUAUCAUUAAUGGGCCCCGUAGGGUCAGGCAAAACUUCUUUAGUGGAACACCUGGUGGGCGUGAGCGGUCGGAAGGGCAUAGCAUUUAAGAAAGUUCAACUCGGAGACCAGACUGAUUCCAGAAUGCUUUUGGGGUCUCAUCAAUGUACCGAUGUGCCAGGAGAAUUCCUUUGGGCACCUGGUGUACUCACUGAGGCAGUGCUAAAUGGUCACUGGUUGUUGCUCGAAGACAUAGAUUGUGCAGCUCUGGAUGUGGCUUCGACACUUAGCUCCUUAUUAGAAAGAAACACUCUGUGUGUACCUGGCUUUCGAGAUGCUUUGCCUGUCACCCCUGGAUUUCAACUUUUUGUCACCCAAAGGACCCUCAUAACAAAUUAUGGCUUUCAAAAGAAACUAUCGAGCUCCAGCACCCUGCUGCAAAAGCACCUGACAGUAAUCAACGUCGAACCUCUCUCGAGGUCCGAGCUGAGCGAAGUGAUACAGACUCUAUAUCCUAGUUUGUCCACUAUCACACCCAAGAUGAUUGAAGUGUUCAUGAUGUUUUCCGUCGGAUGCCACGACAGUUCCCUUCAAGCCACGGAAAAGUCACAGAUAGACAACAACGCGGCGGUGAUCCGCGGUUCGAGACUCAUCUCCACCAGGGAUUUGAUGAAGUGGUGCGCCCGGGCAAUCGUCGGCUACGACGUGUCGAGUCCCGAUUCAGCUCUGAAAGUGUUGCAGGACGCUCUGGACAUCUUCACGUGUUCCGUCUCGUCGCCGGAAAACAGGUUGGAGCUCUCGAAGAAAAUCGGAACUUGUCUCGGAAUCGUGGACACGAAGUCAGAGUUCUACUGCAAACACUAUAAGCCGAAUGUGUCGUUGCAGCGGGACGCUUUGGUGGUCGGUCGAGCCAGCGUUCCUCGAGUGGAAAAACGGUUGGAGUCCAUCGACUUCGACAGUAAAGAGGCGGUCUUUUCUUUCACUCGGCAAUCGGCAUGUCUGCUCGAGAGAAUCGCCUGUUGCGUCCGGUCAAACGAACCCGUCCUGCUCGUGGGAGAAACGGGGACCGGGAAAACGUCAUCCGUGCAGUACCUUGCCCGGCAGACGGGUCGCAAACUUGUGGUCAUAAAUAUGAAUCAACAGUCGGACUCCGCCGAUUUGUUAGGUGGGUACAAACCCGUGGACCUCAAAUUCGUUAUUCGCCCGAUAAAGACCGAGUUCCUGGAUUUGUUCACGAGCUUUUAUAACGCCGAGAAGAACCAGAAGUUCCUGAGUCACGUCGAAUUCUGUCACGACACCGAGAACUGGUCCGCGCUGCUGGCCCUCCUGAAGCAAAGUCACAAGGCGGCCGUGAAGAGGCUGACGGCCGAGAACAAAAAUCGUAAAUUAAAAAACUGGUUGAGUUUUGGACACAAAUUGGCUAAACUGGAGCAGCAAGUGAAAGCCGAGUCGAGGCUGACGUUCGCUUUCAUAGAAGGUUCGCUGGUUAAAGCGAUGCAGGAAGGCCACUGGGUGUUGCUGGACGAAAUCAACUUGGCGUCGGCGGAAAUACUGGAAUGUCUGGCUGGACUUCUCGAAGAUAAGGACGAAACGAUCGAUCUAUUAGAAAAAGGAGACAAGGUGCCCAUCAAAAGACACCCCGACUUUACUCUUUUCGCAUGCAUGAAUCCCGCCACGGACGUGGGCAAGAAGGACUUACCCGUGGGACUCAGGAAUAGGUUCACAGAAUUUUUCAUAGACGAAUUGACCGAAAGAAAUGACUUGAUGCUUCUCAUCGGAGACUAUUUAUAUCACAUGAACUUGAGUGGGGCCGUGUUAGAAUCGAUAUAUGCCUUUUAUUCAUCUAUUAGAAAAGAAGCCAGGCUUAACUUAGUCGACGGGGCAGGGAAUGCCCCCCACUAUUCUCUCAGAACAUUGUGCCGAGCCUUAACGGCCGCCGCCAAAGCCAAGUGCGGGACGGUGGCGCGCUCCUUGUACGAGGCGUUCUGCCUCUCCUUUCUGACCCAAGUGGACAGAUCUUCACAUCCCAAAGUGGAAGCCAUGAUCGCCAAGGCAGUUCUCGGAAAGAAAAAUAUAAAAUCUGUUCUGAAGCAACUCAUACCGGAGCCGAAGGCGCAAGGUCAAAACUAUUUACUCUUCGAAGGUCACUGGAUUCCUCAAGGAAAGUUAGAGGUCGACAUCCCGGAAGAUUACAUUUUAACUCCCGCGGUCAGAAGAAACCUUCUCGACAUCGCCCGCGUUAUAUCUUUGGGCCGACUGCCGGUGCUGCUGCAGGGAGACACGUCCGUAGGGAAGACGUCGCUCAUCACGUACAUUGCGAAAGCUUCGGGCAACUAUUGCGUCAGAAUCAACAAUCAUGAACAUACCGAUGUUCAGGAGUACAUCGGGUCUUACGCUUCCGACGCCCACGGGAGCCUCGUCUUUAGAGAGGGCGUGCUCGUGGAGGCUAUGAGAAAAGGUUACUGGAUAAUCCUAGACGAGCUAAACCUGGCUCCCACCGAUGUAUUGGAAGCUCUCAAUCGCGUUUUGGACGACAAUCGAGAGUUGUUUAUACCGGAGACCCAAGAAGUAGUCAAGGCCGAUCCGAAUUUUAUGCUGUUCGCUACUCAAAACCCCCCCGGCCUCUACGGCGGGAGAAAGAUGCUUUCGCGGGCCUUUAGAAACAGAUUCGUCGAGCUGCAUUUCGAUGAGAUACCACGAAGUGAACUAGAAACCAUAUUGCAUCAGAGAUGUCACGUUCCACCGACGUACAGCAAGAAGAUGGUAGAGGUCAUGGCGGAACUUCAAGUUAGAAGGCGUGGCUCCGCUGCCGUUCAAGGAAAAGACGGCUUCAUAACUCUGAGAGACUUAUUCAGAUGGGGACAGAGAUACAAACACGCUUCCAAAGAGACGUUAACCGCAGACAAAUUUUAUGAUUGGGAUCAACAUUUAGCCGACGAGGGCUACCUGGUCUUAGCUGGAAAAGUGCGCCAAACAGACGAAAGAAAAAUCAUCGACGAAGUAAUAGAAAAGCAUAUAAAAAGAAAAGUCAUACCGAAAAAUCUGUUUAGUCUGCAUCAGAACACUUCUCCCGUCACUAAAUCUACUUUGGAGACGAUAUUAAGUAAUCGUUUACCGGAAUUUCAGCACGUCGUUUGGACUUACAACAUGCGAAGACUGGCCGUUCUCAUAGCCAAAAGUUUCUCAUUCGACGAGCCGGUCUUAUUAGUGGGCGAAACCGGGUGUGGCAAAACUACAAUUUGCCAAGUAUUAGCCGCCUUGAGCCAAAGAAAAUUACUCUCUGUCAACUGUCACAUGCACACGGAAAGUUCAGACUUCUUAGGUGGCCUGAGACCGGUACGUCAGUAUAAAAACGAUGGGAAAUUGUUCGAAUGGGUCGACGGACCUUUAAUAAACGCCAUGGAAACUGGACAUUUAUUUCUCGCCGACGAAAUCUCCCUCGCGGACGAUAGCGUCAUAGAGAGAAUGAACUCGUUGCUCGAACCCGAGAGACAGCUCGUGCUCUCCGAGCGAGGCACCGACGGGAGCUCCGAUAUCGUCGUGGUUAAGGCUGUUCGAAACUUCCACUUUAUCGGGACGAUGAACCCCGGAGGAGACUUCGGGAAGAAAGAACUUUCGCCCGCAUUGCGUAAUAGAUUUACUGAAAUAUGGUGCGACCACGUCAGUUCCAGAGAAGACUUGUUACAAGUUCUCGAAAGAAGUGUCGCCAGAGGUAUAGCGCUAGCGAAUCAAGAGGACGGCAGUUCGGGAAUCGGAAACUGUAUACUGGACUUCAGCGAGUGGUUGAAGAGCUCCGAAGCGACGAAUAAGUUUCCUUUCAGUAUACGUGACUUACUCUCGUGGGUUCACUUCAUCAAUGCCACGGUCGAGAAGCAAUUGUUGGACGCGGCCGAGGCGUACGUACACGGCGCGUGCAUGACGUUUCUGGACUGUUUCGGAACGGCUUUGACGGGUCACAUGGACUCGGAAACAUUGCAUCUAUUACGUCAAAAUGCAAUAACUUUUCUCCUCAAUCAGAUAAAAGCGCUUGGAUAUGACAAUAUUGAUAAUUUAAGGGACAAACUAAACAACGAACGUUCAUCGGUAUCGGCCGGAUACGACGGAAAUAAGUUCGGGAUCCAUCCAUUUUACAUUGAAAUGGGGUCAAAUAGGAGGUCGAACGAUACCGAGAUGUUUACGUUCACGGCACCGACCACGGCCGCUAAUACGUUACGGCUUCUCCGCGGCCUUCAGCUGAAUAAAGCGAUUUUAUUGGAAGGAAACCCAGGCGUCGGAAAGACGAGUCUAGUGACGGCUCUGGCGAAGAGCUCCGGACAUAGAGUAGUCCGGAUCAACUUGAGCGAUCAGACGGAUAUAACCGACCUGUUCGGAACGGACCUCCCGUCGGAAGACGGCUCCUUCGUGUUCAAGGAAGGAGCUUUCUUGAACGCCCUCCAACGCGGAGAUUGGAUUCUCUUGGACGAGCUCAACCUCGCGCCCCAGCCCGUCCUCGAAGGUCUCAACGCUUGUCUGGAUCACAGAGGUGAAGUCUUCAUCCCGGAAUUGGGAAAAACCUUCAAAGUGCAACAACAAACUAAACUUUUCGCCUGUCAAAAUCCUCUCAAACAGGGCGGGGCGAGAAGAGGUCUGCCGGUGUCCUUCCUCAACAGAUUCACCCAGGUCUACAUCGACACCUUGACGAGAGACGAUCUCGCUUUCAUCGUCGAAGCCCAAUACUCACAAAUACCCACAGACAUACUGCACAGAAUUGUAGAUUUCAACUGCAGAGUCUCCCGUGAAAUAACAGAAAUGCAGUCCUGGGGCCACAGGGGUGCCCCUUGGGAGAUGAACUUACGCGACGUGCAGCGGUGGUGCGAGGCCCUCGCCGACGAUCGAAGGGCGGGGCGCAGUCUCGCCCCCGGGAAAUAUGUCGACAUACUCUACGUCAACAGAAUGAGAACGGAGGAAGACAAAGAAAAAAUGGCGACCGCGUACGACGAAGUCUUCCUUCCCGACUACCCGAGGAGCGACGGACGUCCCGCGUUCACCGUCGACGGCGGCCAUCUCGUAAUCGGAGAUAUCAAAUUGAAAAUAAAUAACGAGAGACUGUACAAAAACAGACGAGCCACCGACACGAAUCUGAUCGUCCUCCGAAACCAGUUGCCCACUUUGAAGGCGCUGGCUCAAAACGUGAAGAUGAAUUGGCUCACCCUUUUAGUCGGACCGACGGCCGCGGGAAAGAGUAGUUCCGUUCAAGUUCUGGCCGACAUGAGCGGAAACGAGUUGCACGUUCUACCGGUGACGUCCGCGAUGGACGUGUCCGACCUUCUCGGAGGGUUCGAACAGGUCGAUUACAAUAGGAACCUCGAAAACCUCUAUGACGUCAUCGAAACGCUCACGAUGCGAACGGUCAGAAGCUUGUGGAUCUUACGAGACUUCAAGUUGUGGAAAUCGAAUAAAUUGCUAAGCGAUCUAUUCGAGUAUAGGAACAUAAAAUCCAGCGAAGACGACAGAGAUUUCUACAACGUCGACGUAAAAGUGCUCAAGCGCAAGUUGCACUUUCUUUUGCAGCAUUGCGAGAGAUUAAUCGAAUGUAGCAAAAUGUGUGAUCUGCCCACUGAGAGCAUCGAGAAAAGUUUGAAUAACUUGAGGAAUUUACAAGUUAAAGUGUCAAAUGCUAUAUCCGUAAACGCCGGAGGAAGAUUUGAAUGGAUAGAUUCCUUACUCGUGAAAACUAUGACGGAAGGCUCUUGGCUUCUGUUAGACAACGUGAAUUUGACUUCGGCGGCCGUAUUGGACAGACUCAACGGUCUGCUGGAGCCCGACGGAGUGCUCAGUAUACCGGAGCGAGGAGACGUGUGUGAGAUCCGACCGCAUCCCGACUUUAGGAUUUUCUUCACGAUGGAUCCCAAGUAUGGUGAUAUUUCUCGAGCUAUGAGGAACCGUGGAGUGGAAAUUUAUCUUUUGCGACCCGAAAACUCCGAUUCGGGGCUCUCCGAGACUAUGCCCUACAUGGACUUGGUCGCGUUGUUGAACUCUUGUGGACUUCCCGCCCGAUAUCACGAGGUUUGCAUACGAUGUCACGAGUCUAUGGCGCAAUUUAUUCAAGGCUUAGAGCGUCCGACCGUCUCGCAGCUUCUCCAGGCUGCCCAUUUAAUCUGGCAGCAGCUGGUGAGAGGAGUCGACUUCGAAGCCGCGACGCUCAAUAGCUUCUCCGAUGUUUACAUUAAACCCAGGAGCGGGAGCGACUUCGCUUCGAACGUGACCCACUCCUUGGCGGAAAUGAAGAACAGGAUGUUGCGCGAAUUGGAAAUCGUAUUGGGCGAAGAGACUUCGAGGACGAUCCCCGACUCGGCCGAUCAUACGCUGUCGGUCAGAGGGCUGUGCGCGAACUCUGACUACGAGUUGACUCGACAGAUAUGUUACCCGUGCAUCGGACAAGUCAACGACGAGGGGUCGAACGAUACUUCGAAGCAUCUUUUAUUCAGCCUCCUGACAGCGUAUCAGAAAUGUCCUCCGGAGCGAGUGCGAGCGAUGUUCUAUUACUUACGUGGAGCCAUAUCGAAAACCGAAAACAGCGAAUCGAAGACAUUGGCUGCAGAACUGAACGACCGAUCGUUUAGGCACUUCAGCGAAGCGAACUGUCAAGUUGAGCAUUUCCAAAGGUUUUACAGAGAGUCUUUCGACGUCGACGACGUGAGCGUCAAUCGGUCGAACGCGAGUUUUGCUCUUCUGUAUAGUGCGUGUCAAAAGAUUCUUCUUAAAUGGUCGACUAGAGAAAAUGCAUUUUCAGCUCUCCACUACUCGAGCGCCGUCGGCGAUCGCAGCCUGACCGAUGAUUUUGUUGAAUAUCCCAUUUUGAGGAAUUGCCAGCAAUACAUUAAAGCGAUUGAUGAAUUUCUUCUAAAAGCUAUUCGCCAAGCUCGCGACGGCUUCGACGACCGAAUGGCGGGUCUGACCGUACAGUUAUUGAAUUGGCGAGUCCGCUUCUACAAAAGCUGUAACUUGCCCAUUUUCACGAUGCAGAAGCGCACUCCGGUCUUGAAGGAGGACAUCGUACCUAUCCUCCAAGUUCACAACAAAUGGGUGCAAAAAUAUUUAUUUGGAACGUUAUUUAAAGUAUUACACGAACCGGAGCUGUUGGCCGAUUUCAAAAAAAACGUAUCGAAGUUAAAACUAAAUAUCGAGGAAGAGUACACGGAAGUGGCGAAGAUUAGUAAAAAGCUGCGAAAAAGCUACGGCCAGUCAAAGUUACCGAAGAACCAAUCGGAGUACGAACUGAGCGUCGACCGAGCUAAGGUGUAUCGAGAGAUACACUUCGACAUGUCCCGACCGAUCGACAAGCAGUUGUAUAAAAUUGUUAACAUUUUAUACGAUUUGGAUAACAGUUUCGCUAUCGAUAUACCGAAUGAGGAACGUCUGAACGCGAUCGAAGGCAACGUUCGAAAGGCGAAAGAGGUCAAAGAAGUCUUUCGUUCGGAAAUAAAACUAAUUCCAAUUAAUUCAUACGUAAUUCAAAGGAUUCUUAAUGUCAUACAACCGUUUUUACCGGAACUAUUGAGGAAAUUCUACGGGACCGAAGACAUCCUAAUGACAAAUGACGAGAAGAGUGCCUUGGAAUUGUUAUCUUGGGUAAUCGAUGACGCCAAACAAAUCAAAGGAUUUCCACCCGCCAUUUUAGAUCUAUUACAAGUUUUGCUUGAAAUGAGAAAAGAAAAUGAAAAUGUUAUCACAGAGAGGUUAUCUUCCCUUGCAAUGCGAUUGUGGGACGAGCUCUACAAGUUGCUCACGAGCUCCCCGGCCGUUCAUCCGACAUUGUUUUUGACCGAGACUAACUCGGACGAUGAGACGACGGAGAGAAUCCCCGCCAACACUUCGAGGGUCUCUACGAAUCUACCGUUGAUGACGUAUUAUGUUCAGCGGUUGACCACAUUUGUCGAAGACGGUAAACCUUUGUUGGCCCACGAGAAAGUUUCGCUGAAAGAUCGCGUGGAAUAUUCGCUUCAACUGGAGAGCCUUUUGAACACUUUGUGGAAUAACAUCGGCACAUUGGACUUUGCGGCUGCGGCCAAAUCAAAAUCUGACGCAGCGUUUGAACUAAAGAAAUAUGAGCAUUUUAUACUCUACCUUCACUCAAUAAUUGUGUCAAAAUCGAAGAACCCAAUCGUAAAACUGACGGAAGAUAAAUUUGAUUUUGUUCGGAGAAAUCUUAGAAUCGAACCACACUCGAUGGAGAUGCUGGCGAUGGCGGAAGAGGUAAACAAACAAAUACGAGCGGAACUCGAAGUAUCCUCUGAUGAACAGAAAAUGAAGGUUCUAACUUCACAACUGUCUCUAUUGACGAGUGUUCUGUUCGCACAAUUCAUGUCGGAGAUAAGUCCGAUCGAUCACGUCGAGAAACACCGAAUGAAAGUCAAGUAUAUAGAGGAAGACCUGGAGACGUUCGACGCGAUGCUCGGGUCGUAUUAUCUCCAGGGAGUGGUGGCGGGGACGGUCACCGAAUAUCGCAAUAUUUCAAGAGCAUCUCAGGUCUCGAUCGAAGAGCUAAGCGCGGAGAACUCGGAGGCGGCGAAGAGGGUUCAUCCCUACUGCGCAGUGAUAAUGGAUCUGAAAGAGCGAACGGCUAUGAGGGUACAUAAAUAUGCAUCCGGCGACACUUUCCGACCGAACGAACCGUCGUAUUGUAGCUUUGCGAAGGAAUGCAGACAUUUUACGAAAUCAAUCUUGUCGGAACGGACUAUUUCCGGAAUAACUUCUCGUAUGGUAUCGACCAGCCGUCAAUUGUAUGAAGAGUUUCGGUCGAAUCGCGUCGACCCAUCCACGAUAGAAAACUCGAAGACCGUCGCGAGGGAGGCGUCGUCUUGGCUCCACUCCGCCGAAGCCUUUUACAGAAAGAUUGAGACGUCGUAUUCCGAAGCCUUUCCCGACUUGGCUAAACCGCUUCAGAGUUCCAUCUCCCAAAUGAUAUACGGCGUCACCUCUCUGAGGGACGUCAUCAAAGAAUUUGUCGUAAAAAUAGAGCGAGGGCCGACUUUGCCCCGACUGUUGAGAGAUUUGGUCGAGUAUCCGAAUAAGAUCCCAAAGAGGGGCGCGAGGGACGAACAUCUCGACCGAUUCGUGACUCCACAUUUCUUGCGGCUGAGUAAGAACGCCGGCGACGGUUCGGAUCCUUCGAGGACGGAAGCCGCCCGUUUGGAACUACUAAAAAUGAAUCUAUGCGAGCUGAAGAUGCUCUGCAACCCGUCGGGGUCCGCGGACGAAGCCCGCUCUCGAGCGGUCGUCGCGACCCUCGACGAGCUCGUCGCCGCUUGGGACAGACAGAGAAGGGACAUCGAGAGAAAGAGACAGGACGACGAGGCUUUAUACGUCACUAAAUCUAAAUGUGAAGACGAAGACGAAGAAGCGACUGCACGAGAGGAAAUCUCGGAGAUGUUCCCGUCUUUCGCCGACGACGACUUCGGUGAAUUCAAACCGCCGACGCUCGAACAACGGAAGGUCGAACCUCGGCGGACGGAGAGAGAGAGGCCGCUCAUGAGCGCCGAGGACGUGUCCCUGAUAUAUCUGUGGCACUCGAACUUCGUCCGAAGCGUGACGGCGACCGAAUGGAUGAACGGCCCCAAGAAAAUCGUAGGCAACGACGUGAUCGGCCCUCUGCUGAUGCGCUAUCCCACGUUCGCUAGGGUCGUGCGAGAGUCUUUCGAAGCCCUGAACGCGGACUUCGAGGGUCACGUCGCGCCCGGCCUCUUGGUGCUCCUCUCCGACAUUAAAUCGAAGGUCGACGGACUCGAAUCUGAGAAACCGAACUCUAAGAACCACAAGGACUUCUACCGCUCGCCGUGGGUGUCCGAAAGCGGGCAAUGCUUACCGAUACUCCGGAGGACUAGAGAGGAAACCGGCGCUCUGCUGGAGCAGUGGCCGGACUUCCCGACGCUCAAAGACAUAACGGCGAUAGUUGAUAGGAUAUUGAGUUUUCCAAUAACCAGUCCCGUCUCCCGAUUUCUGACGGGUUUAGAACUUUUACGGGACAAAAUCGAAGAAUGGAACAAAAACGCUCACAAAAAGAACGACCUGAUCGAGCUGUCCCUGUGUAUCGGGCGACAGAUCGUCGAUUGGAGGAAACUGGAGAUGAGCCACUGGAGGGAGUGCCUCAACAGUCUCUAUCAGAGGAAACAGGCCGAGGCACACAAGUACUGGUUCUACGUGUACUCCGUGGUGGGGUCGUACCUGGACAGCACCAAGAAUCCGAACGACGAACCGACGUCCCCCUCUCGCGUGACGGCGGUCCUGAAGGACUUCAUGGAGAAGUCCGACGUGGGCGAGUACGGCGUCCGGUUGGAUAUAGUCUACGUGUACCACUGCCAUCUGGUGUCGUUGGAACCGAGUCCUCGGAGAGACGAGUUAUUGUCGAUUUUCUGGAACACGCACAACUACUACGCCCAGUUCGCCCCUCGAGUGGCGGCCUUCAUCAAAGAGAGACGCGCCCCGAUAGAGAAGAAGUUGAGGGAAUUCGUGAAAAUAUGCUCCUGGGAUCGAGAUCUCAGCUAUUGGAGCGUAAAGGAUACGGUCGACAGGGCCCACAAGGCUCUGCACAAGCACACCAAAGAGUUCGAGAAAGUGUUGGCCGAGGGCGUGUCGAAGUGUCUGGUGGACGACGGCGACGACGUCGGAGCCUCCCACGUGGGCAUUUGGGACAGGCCCAAAAGGUCCACGACCAACAGCAUCCAGCCCGGAGGUGCCUACAUGAUCGAUCCCCUGCUGUACUUGCUUCAGCCCAGAAACGUCAAGAAAUACCUGGACCGCGCCGCGGAGCCGUGUCGCCCGAUAGCCGAGGGUAGUCUUCUCUCAAAAAUACCCUCGUUGUUGAACAAGGCUAAAGGGCUCUGCAGAGACGUCCUGGUAAACUGCGGCUACUCGUCCUUGGUUCAGGAACUGGACGAUUUCGUCACUAUGGUCAUCGACACCGGCGCCCACCUCGCUUCUUUAGAGGUGGAUUCGUCUCUCCCGAAAGACAAACAGACGUCGCAGGCGAAGAACAUAGUGCGGCAGAAGCGGAAAGCCCUCGCGGACCUCUUCAAAUACUUGGCCAAGAUGGGCCUCAACUAUCGCACCGGACUCGUCAUAGUGUCGGCUCAGGAGGAGUUGUGGGACUUCACCGUUCCUCCCGUAGAUUUGGACGCCGCCAUUAGCUACCUCAAGACCAGGCGCUGCGAUCCGACGUUAUCUCUGCUGUGGUCGGGCUGUGAAAAGUACUUCCAGAAGAACAUCGCGAGACAUCGUCUUCUAGCCGCGGCCUUGGAGGUGCCUCACGCCGACCUGGGUCUGCAAAACAUCGAGCGUUGCAAAGGGUUCGCCGCUCAACUUAUGAAACUUACAAAUUCACAGAAGAAGUCCAUCGCCAAAUACUCGCGAUACAUCUGCGACUUGCGAACGGUCUCCGCCGGCCUCACCAACGCUCUCGAGCUGGACGUCGUCGGCGUCCAGUUGUUGACGAUAGACGACAAAGUCGAGAUCCUCUCGGAGUGUUUUGCGAACGCGUCGAUUCUUCUAGAUCAGUUCAGUAUAGUUUUGAAGUCUCUCCCGGAAACAAAUGUCGGUUCCGGCUCGGAACUACAGUUCGAUAGAAAAUUAUCCCGUUCGCGUCUACCGCAAUGCUAUAAUAAAAGUGCCGAAUGGACCUCCUUGUAUAAAAAGGUUAAAUAUAUCAUAGCCAUGGUCGACAAGCGGAGACUGUCGCUGAACAAAUUGAUUGCGAAACCGAAACGGAUCGGAAGAACCGUCGAGGCUUCGUCGAUUUCACAAAAUCAUAUUGAUGUGACGAACGAUGCUAUCGUCGCUCUAGGGUCCAUUAAAGAAAACGUAAAAAUGCUUUUGGAGGAAUACAAAUUUGACGUUCGGUACCCUCUGGCACAUGAAAGUACGCGACAUCCGAUAUUACGUGGUUUGGAAGACUUAGAAGAACACAUAAGCGACACCCUUUAUGAAAUACGCAAUUUAGACGAAUCCGUCGACGCUUCGAUGGAAGCCUCGAGAGAUGACUUUCUGGAGCGGGCCGAAGACGUCGUGGCCGUCAUGCUGCUCACUGUUCAAUCUCUAUAUAAGGAACAUUUACAAAGGGACAGCGGCGAAGACAUCUUGGACGUUAUUGACGAUUUUAUUGACGAUAAUAAAAAAGGCGAUCAAGAAUCCAAAGAAAUACUUGAGGAUAAACAUCUGAAGGGCCUCCUUCACGAUAAGCUUUCGAGAGAUGGUAAAUUGCUCCAACUGGACGUGCUGAUAGCCAAAUUACAGAGUUUGACGAUAAAUUACAUACGGUACAUAUCGACGAAGAAGGACGUCGACGAAGUGAGAUCGGUCGUCAUGAGGGUGGUGCCGAUUUUAGAGCAGAUCGUUCUUUUCGCUCAGUACUUCGUGUCGCAGAAGGUCGCCGUCCAUCGAGUUUCUUGUAAAAUGCUGUCCGUGCUCUUGAAGAUCUUCUCUGAUCUCGCCACUAAAGGGUUCUGCAAGCCAUCCGACUUGGACAUGGAAGAGGGCGAGGGCGACGGUCCCGGAAAAUUGUCAGGGGGCAUGGGGCUAGGGGACGGAGAGGGACAGAAGGAUGUCUCCGAGAGAAUUGAAAACCAGGAUCAAUUAGAUGACGCUCAGAAACCGGGCGAAGAGAAGCAUGAAGAAGAUCGUGACUGUAAAGAAGAAGAGAAAGGGGUCAAUAUGACUGAUGAUUUUGAUUCCCAUUUGCAGGACGUCGAACAAACAGAAAACGAUUCGGACCAAGAGAACGACGAUGAUGAUGCUGAUAAGCAAAUGGGAGAUACGGAAAAUGCGGCUGAAAAGUUAGAUCAACAAAUUUGGGGCUCAGAUGAAGAAGACGAGGAGGAAGAUAAAUCUAAUAAGAAAGAGAAAGAAGAGCGUGGCACGGGUGAGAGCACCGGUGAGAAAGAGAUGGGUGCCAAAGAAGAAGAACAAGGGACCGACGAUGGCAGUGACGGGAAAGAAAAAAAGCAGAAAAAAGACAUUAACGAAAUGGAAGAGAACGAACUUGAUGACGAUCAGGUGGACCCACACUACGGCAAGCACCCAGAAUACCCUGAACCGGAAGAAUUCGAGCUACCAGAACAGAACAACGACGGAGAAGAAGAUGCCAACAAGGAAGGUGAAACAGAAACAGAAAAUCCGUUCGACAUCGAUGUGAUGAAGCAGAAUUUGCAAGAAGAGGAGCAACCCAAAGAAGGUGAAGAGAAGGAAGACAAUAAGAACGGCCUAGAGCUUUCGAGCGAUGAGGAAGAUGGCGAGCAGGCUGACGAAGGAGACAAAGGGGAACAAGACGCUGAAAGAGAGAAAGAAGCCACGGACGAUCAAGGUGAUAACGAAGAUACAGAAGACAACGAACAGGAUGAGGAUAUGGAACCGGAGACUCAGGCUCAGGAUGAAGAAAUCCAACCCGAUCAACAAGAAAAAGAAGAUAAGGAAUUGCCGCAGAAUCCAGAGGCGAUGAAAGAAAACGACGAAGCGGAAGAGAAGCAGCACGAAGCCAACCCUCAAGCGAACCCGUCUCGAGACGACCCCUCGGCCGGGGAGAGAGCCGAAAACGCCCAAAUGGACAAAGGCGUCAACGACAACGUCGAAACUAAUCCCGAACAGGCGAAGGACGAGGACGCCGCGCCUCAUGAGCAAGCUCAAGAGCAGGUCGGCGAAGACAAGCAGUCGACGGGACGUUCGGAACUGGACAAGAGCGACGAGGGCCAUCGCGGGGAGAAACGAGCCGCCAAGGCCGAAGCGUCGCAAGAGAAGCGGACCGAGCACGAGAACAAACCGGGCACCACCGACCAGGAGCGCACCUUGGGCGAAGUCGACGAAAAGAAGCACAAGAAAGCUCACACGCUGAAUCGAGAGCGAGAGGAGGCCGAAGACGAGGGAGCCGACGGGGGCGACGACGGGGAAGAGGCCGACGCGUUUCAACACGUGAAGCAGGCCAAGGAGGACGAUUUGCAGGCAAUCGACGCCGCCACAAAAGAGCAAGCGGACCGGCAGCCCACUCUGCAGAAGGAGGAGGAAGAAGCCGAGAAGUUGAAAGAAGACGAAGAGGUUCCCAUGGAAGUGGACGACGAAGACAUUCAGGUGGAAAAGUGUGACGAUAUUAAACCCGAGAAGACGACGAGCGGUCACGAGAAGGACAGAGAGAAAUCUGGCAAAAAUAAGGAAGGCGCCGAAGAACCGACGGGCGAUGCCGGUCUGGAAGUGGAAGGGGACGCCGUCCUCACGGCGACCGUGCGCAGAGGGACGGACACAUCCUAUCACACCAGCGAGACCUUCGGCAAAGCGGAAGAGGAAUCCCGGGCUGAGGCCAUUUCCCCGGAGCGAUACGUGACUAUGCGCGAGUGGAUCGCCUCGGGCGGACCGCUGACGGGCGGAAGCCAGAGCCGGGCGGUUUGGAGGGCGGCUUGGGCGGAAACGGCUGCCGCCUCCAGGGCCCUCUGCGAGAGGCUGCGAUUGGUCUUGGAGCCCACCGGGAGAUCUAGGAGGGCCGGCGACUUCCGCACCGGCCGCGCUAUUAACAUGCGUCGCGUGAUCCCUUACAUCGCUUCCCACUUCCGCAAAGACCGGAUCUGGCUCCGAAGGACCAAACCUUCCAAGAGGGAAUACCACAUCGCCAUCGCCGUGGACGACUCCAGCUCCAUGGCGGACAACAGGAGCAAGGAGCUCGCCUUCGAGAGCUUGGCGCUCGUCUCUCAGGCCCUCAACCUCCUCGAAUCGGGGGAUCUCGCCGUUCUAAGCUUCGGCGAAAAGCCGAACCUGCUUCACCCGUUCGACGAACAGUUCUCGGAGCAUUCCGGCGCCAAGAUCCUGGAGCGGCUGCGCUUCGAGCAGAAGAAGACCAGGGUGGCCCAACUGUUGGACUUCUGCUCCGUCAUGUUCGAGGGGCGGGCCGAGAGGAGCGACGCCCUCAACGCCAGGCUGCUGGUCGUCGUGAGCGACGGCAGAGGCAUCUUCUCCGAAGGGGAGACCAGGGUCGUGCAGGCCGUGAGGGGGGCGAGGCAACGGGGCAUAUUCCUGGUCUACGUCAUCAUCGACAACCCGGACAACAAGGACUCGAUAAUGGAUAUCCGAAAACCUAUAUUGGACCCGGUGACGAACACACUCGAUGGGUUCAUACCGUAUCUGGACACUUUUCCGUUCCCCUUCUAUCUAAUCCUCAGAGACAUGUCGGCUCUUCCGACGGUCCUCGGAGACGCUCUCAGACAAUGGUUCGAACUGGCCGCGAACAGCUCCAGUUGA